UCCUGGUAGCCAUUGCACUUGAUUGACGGAAGCUUUUCAACUACAAAUAAAAGUAAUGGUGUGAGUGAAGGAUGGGGCUAUAACAUUUUUAAGAAACAGCGCACUUUGUACAUUCUAUCACACGGUUUACUGAUAAGGCCUGUAGAAAAAAAACGGGCUGCUUUCUCAGGUCAGACACUAAUAUAGCACCAACCCUUUACGCUAAGGACUACACAUCCCAGCGUGCCCUACUGAGCUGACCUAGCAACAGCUGACUAUAGUCCUCAGCUAGGGGGAACUGAAUGAGAGUGUAGAGAGCGGCGCUGCUGUCAAACUUGUAAGUCGUGUGUUUCUUGCUUUAGGUUAACUGGUGGAAUUUUUUUUUUCCCUGCCCUGAAAACAACUUUUGAAGUGGGAAUUUUUCACAUUUAAUCUUUCUUAUUCCGACCCUGGAACUCUAUCCCCGAUGCUGAGGCAUGGAUAAAGCGCUGGUCCGAAGCGAAAACAUGGUUGAGAGCAGUGAAGCAGCGACGAGGGGCAGUGGCGGUGGCGUCCCGAGUCUGGCCGCUGCUGCGGUGCAGCAGUGCGAACUUAUCCAGAGCAUGGUUGACAUCUGUCUCUUCAGCCUGCAAGGACUCCGGACAAAGUGCGCAGCGUCCAACGACCUCACUCAGCAGGAGAUCCGGACUUUGGAGGAUAAAUUACGGAAUUACAUUUUUAAGCAGCUGCAGUGCAAACAAAAAGUGCCUGAAAGUGAAAGAAUACCUGCACUUAAGAAGUACCCAAAACUGAGGGACUGGCUUCAAACUGUUAAUAUUCGAAAGGAAGUUUUGAAGGCAGCCCCUGAAGAUUUGUCCCUAGAUGUAUUACUGGCUAUGAGUGAGUCAAAGGUAAAAGAGACCAUGAAGAAGUAUGGAGCUACUAGUGGGGAGUGCUGUCGUCUCAGUACUGCCCUGUCUUCCUUAAAAAGUGGUAACACAUCAGGUGAAGAAAUAAGAGAGGAUAUGAUUUUGUGUGAAGCAGCUGACAGUCGACGAGGCUCUACUUCUACACUCAAUUUGGAACAUUCUUGUCCUGCAGGGCUCUUGCGUGCACAUUACUCUCCACAGCUUUUGAAAAAUGUUUGCUCACCACGUUCUGCAUCUGUAUCUGCAGUCCCUUCUUCGGACUUUGUUCAUACAAGCCAUGGACCUUCAGUUAAUACAGAUAAUUUAUCAGAUCCUUUUCCACCUGCACAGUGUGGUAGAUUGGGACCUAAGGCUGCUUAUGCCAUUGGUGGCACUCCACCAGCCACACCACCAGCAAAAGUCAAAAAUAAGCUAAAACCACCUGCAAGGACACCACCACCUCCUUCUCGAAAAGUGUUUCAACUGUUGCCUAAUUUUCCAGCACUUACCAGGAGCAAGUCUCAUGAGUCACAACUGGGAAACCGGAUUGAUGAUGCACAGCCAUUCAAGUCUGGUAAGAAACAUAAGAUUUUAGCCAAUCUCUCCAUCACUGGCAGUGGAAAAAUCUGUGAAAAUAUUCCUACUUGGCCUCCAUUUAACAGGCCUGUCUUUCCUCCUUCGCAAGGAAGUUCUCAUUUUCUCUCCACAGCCCCCUCUACAGUUGAAUACUGCGUCUUACAACAAAACGCUUUAAAAGUACCACAGGGGUCUCCAGUAAUGCCGAGGAGAGACAUUGGGUUAUCAGUCACACACAGAUUUGCUACGAAAUCUUGGUUAUCACAAACAUGUAGUGUGUGCCAUAAAAAUAUGAUGUUUGGGGUGAAAUGCAAACACUGUAGGUUAAAGUGCCAUAACAAAUGCACAAAGGAGGCACCUCCAUGUCGAAUAUCAUUUAUUCCAAAUCCAUUACCUGCACCAAAGAUAAGACGAACGGAAUCUGUGCCGUCUGACAUUAAUAAUACAGUGGAAAGACUUGAAGGACCACAGUUUGGAACACUACCAAAAGCUUUAACUAAAAAGGAACCUCAACCAGUAGUAAUGCAGAUAGACUCCAGCAGUAAUCCAUCUUCCACUACAUCAUCCACUCCAUCAUCUCCUGCUCCUUUCCCAUCAUCCAACCCCCCUAGUGCAACACCACCUCCAAACCCAUCGCCUGUGGGACACAGAGAUAACCGCUUCAAUUUCCCAGCUGCCUGCUACUUUCAGCACAGACAACAGUUUAUUUUUCCAGACAUUCAGCAACCAACAACACUGGCUGAGAAAUCAGAAGACUCAAAAACUGUGGAUGAUGCAGAGCCACCUGAAACCAAAGAACAAGAUACUGAGACUGAAGAACAAGACGACGGAAACAAAUCAGAAUCAGAAAGUGAAACAGAUGAAGUGGACGAGUUACCUGGGAAGUGGUGUACUUCCAAAGGGCAUAUAUCUCGGAUGGUUAGCCAAACCAGUGUUUACCUUCAGGAGUGGGACAUCCCUUUUGAACAAGUUGAACUGGGAGAGCUCAUUGGCAAAGGACGUUGGGGUAAAGUGUAUAAGGGGAAGUGGCAUGGAGAAGUUGCAAUCAGAUUGUUAGAGAUUGAUGGAAAUAACCAGGACCACCUGAAGCUAUUCAAAAAGGAAGUAAUGAACUACAGGCAAACCCGUCAUGAAAAUGUAGUGCUGUUCAUGGGAGCAUGUAUGCAUCCUCCACAUUUGGCAAUAAUUACCAGUUUUUGUAAGGGAAGGACACUUCAUUCUGUUGUGAGAGAUCCUCAGACAGCAGUGGACAUUAACAAGACACGGCAAAUUGCACAAGAAGUUAUUAAGGGCAUGGGCUACCUUCACGCAAAGGGGAUUGUACAUAAAGAUUUGAAAUCCAAAAACAUUUUCUGUGAAAAUGGAAAAGUGGUCAUCACGGAUUUUGGGUUAUUUGGAAUAUCUGGUGUUGUUCAAGAAGGAAGACGAGAGAAUGAGUUGAGGUUGCCUCGGGGUUGGCUGAGCUACCUUGCGCCUGAGAUUGUCAGAGAGAUGUCUCCUGGAAGAGAUGAAGACAAACUACCGUUCUCCAAAGCUGCUGAUGUUUAUGCUUUUGGCACCAUCUGGUAUGAGCUGCAGGCAAGAGAUUGGCCAUUUAAGAACCAGCCUGCUGAGCCAAUUAUCUGGCAAGUUGGCAGUGGAGAAGGAGUUAAACAUUUGCUUACAACAAUUAGCCUGGGAAAGGAAGUCACUGAAAUUCUUUCUGCAUGCUGGUCUUUUGAUCCAUGUGAAAGAACGAGUUUUACACAGCUUAUGGAAAUGCUUGAAAAACUGCCAAAACUCAAUAGAAGGCUUUCCCAUCCAGGGCACUUCUGGAAGUCUGCCGACAUAAACAGUAGCAAAAUUCCUCCUCGGUUUGAAAGGAUUGGCUUGGGAAUCCUGGAACAAAGCAGUCCAAAGAUGUAGUAUAAGGCAACAAUAUUUGGCUAAAAGUGUCACCACAAUAUUCUUCCUUCAUAUUGCUGUCAGAAAUCCUCAUAAAUUAUUUUCUCAUCUUAUUUUGUACAGCCAUUGUAGCUAAUCAAGGGAGCUUAGAAGCUGUUGAAUUCAGCUGUAUAAGUAAUUUAUUGCUGGUGUGAUUAGACAGUAUCUGUUCAUUGUUGGUUCUGUGAAUAUGUUUACAUAUAAUUAACAUUCUGGGUAAUGUGAAUGCAGGUUUAUUUUUUAUGAAACUGUUUAUAAUGUGCAGCUCAGAAUUGUGAACAAAACAAAAUGUUAUUUACUAUGCAAUUUGCAUUCUAAUGGGGCAGUUUAUAUUCCAACAUUAAUUUUCAAGACAAAAUUCAUCAUACUGAUGAAAAUGGUUUUCCUCUUAAUUUUAUUUAUGUCCUGUAAGCUAAUUUGUAUCACUGAAUUUGUUAAUUGGCAUGCAUAGUUAGUGUAGUAGUACAUCAGUUCUUUUAGUAUUUUUCUGUUUUAAUUGGCAGGGUAAUUUUAGCAGACUCCACACACUGUAUAUUAUUUAGGAUCCCGUGCAUCUCAACCAUAAAACUGCACCCCUGCAGUACAACACUCCUAAGUCCCAAGUCCCCACUAGGGAUCUUGUAAUGGUACAUCCAAGAACAUCUGUCCUCCCCCAGGGUCAUCAUGCCAAUCAUCCCAGCCUUUGCUAUCAUGCCCAUGGCACUAGUCAAAAUUGACUCACCUAGUGUGUCUUUAGGGCUUUAUUCCUCUGUGCCACCAAAACAAGCUGACAGCAUUACAUGUAUAAAUAUUAAAAAUACUGUUGGAGGAGAAGAGACAUGGGAGUCAAAUGCCAUUGCUACAAGGGAAACUGAAGUUUGGGUUGAUUCACAUAUAUAGAACUCAGUGCUACUGUUUCAGAACUGUCAUUUUUCAGAAUCCUUUGACUGUGAAGAUAAUAUUUCCUCCAUCUUUUUCAAUAAACAGUGCAGUGUUUUAUUAAAA